UAAGCCUCCUCCAUGGAUUAACUGUCAGCGAUCCUCCCCCGAAUUGUUUCCGCUUGGGCGUCCUCCUUGUCAGCUCAAAAAAAGAAAAAUCCUCCUUGUUCUCGUCGCGGUCUCCGUUCUCCUCUCUUUCUCCCCGUUCUCCAAAGAAUCCGAGACGGCGACGCCCGCAUCAAAUACGCCGCCUCCUCCGCUUCCUCUCCCUUACUCCGAUUCUAUAACACGUGCGUGCCUCGGCCGCCACUUUCCCAACUCUCCUCGACCACUUCCGCCGGCGUGUGCCUUCCUCUCCGCCGGCGCCUGCACAACAAGUCCAAGAGAGGCAAAGAAACCAUGGCUCUAGCAUCGCCGGUGGACUAUGCUGGCACAAUCACUUCAAGUCAGAGGCAACUCAGUUCUGUGAUGCCCCGGUGCAAUGGCUUGCGAUGUACUAUUGGAUAUGGAAAUAAAUCAAGAGCAGGAGGUCACUUGGUUGUCAGAGCCAUGUCCAUGGAUCGCCUGAAACUGGACUUUUCGAAUCCGAAUUGGAAGAAUCAAUUCCAAGAGGAUUUCGAUAGGCGGUUCAGUUUGCCGCAUUUGACAGAUAUAAUUGAUGUGGAAUCGAGGCCGACGACAUUUUCUCUCAAGAGCAGGACCCCUCUGGAGAAUGUUGAUGGUUCUUUGGAAGAGUCAUGGAACGGCUAUGUUAAUGACGACGACAGAGCACUUUUGAAGGUUAUCAAGUUUGCCUCGCCAACGUCUGCUGGAGCUGAAUGCAUUGAUCCUGAUUGCAGCUGGGUUGAACAAUGGGUGCACCGGGCAGGCCCACGUAAACAAAUAUAUUUUGAGCCUCAGUGCGUAAAGGCUGGAAUUGUAACUUGUGGCGGACUUUGCCCUGGUCUCAAUGAUGUCAUCCGGCAGAUUGUGCUUACGCUUGAAAAAUACGGAGUGAAAAACAUUGUUGGGAUACAGCAUGGUUUCCGCGGAUUUUUUGAAGAUCAUUUAGCGGAAGUGCCGCUUAAUAGACAUGUCGUCCAAAAUAUCAAUCUUGCUGGUGGCAGCUUCUUAGGAGUGUCUCGUGGCGGGGCAAGUAUUUCAGACAUUGUCGACAGCAUCCAGGCCAGGAGGCUUGACAUGCUCUUUGUACUAGGUGGAAAUGGAACUCAUGCUGGAGCUGAUGCUAUACAUGGCGAGUGCCGGAAGAGAAAACUAAAAGUGUCUAUUAUUGGUGUCCCAAAAACAAUUGACAAUGACAUACUACUGAUGGACAAGACAUUUGGAUUUGAUACUGCAGUGGAGGCAGCACAAAGAGCUAUCAACUCUGCAUAUAUUGAGGCACAUUCUGCAUUUCAUGGCAUCGGAUUGGUGAAGCUGAUGGGAAGAAGCAGCGGAUUUAUCACAAUGCAUGCUUCCCUGUCAAGCGGGCAGGUCGACAUUUGCCUGAUACCUGAGGUACCAUUCACCCUUGAUGGACCGAAUGGAGUUCUUCGGCACCUUGAGCACUUGAUAGAGACCAAGGGGUUUGCUCUCAUGUGUGUCGCCGAAGGUGCUGGGCAGGAAUAUUUGCAGAAGUCGAACGCAACUGAUGCUUCAGGGAACAUGGUUCUCAGUGAUAUCGGUGUGCACCUUCAACAGAAGAUCAAGUCUCAUUUCAGAGAGAUAAAUGUCCACUCUGAUGUGAAGUACAUCGACCCUACAUACAUGCUCCGCGCCGUGCGUGCCAAUGCAUCAGAUGCCAUCCUGUGCACGGUGCUCGGUCAGAAUGCUGUUCAUGGCGCCUUUGCAGGGUUCAGCGGCAUCACGACCGGAAUAUGCAACACGCAUAACGUGUACCUGCCAAUACCGGAAGUUAUCAAGACGCCAAGGCUUGUCGAUCCAAACAGCAGGAUGUGGCACAGGUGCUUGACAUCCACAGGUCAACCUGACUUUUGUUGAUCAGUUCUUGACAGCCAAGUUUGUAAACUCUAGUGCUAGAAGUACCGGUGAUGUACAGGAUUGUCAAUGUCAUUCUUUUUUGUCUUCCAUCAGAAAGACAUGGUAUGCCCUGUAAUUCCUGGGUGAUCCUGAGCUCAUCUGCUACCGGAUGAACAGUAAAUUUCAAAAAAUAAACUUGUACCAAAUAAGAUGUUCUAACUUUUUUUCUGAAUCAGAUGUAUAAUAGACACAUUUCAGUCCGCAUGUGGUCCCAUAUUGGAAUAUCAGAAACAUCUUAUAUUUGUGAACA